CCUUCUCCUAUUUUUUCUUCCUUCAAAAUCACCCACGUAAUUAUAGAACUCCAUUACAGACAAGAACAACAAACUCGCCCUUAUACUCUCUCAUCAUUCCAAUCACUCUCUUCUCCCCCUCUUUCUCAUCCAACAAAAUGUCCAAAAUCUUCCGCAAAAAAUUUAAUCUCUGCUUCCCCUCAUCCACAAACCCUUCUCUCAUCUACGAUCACCUCCCCGACGACGACGACGACGACUGCUCCAAGCCUCUCACCGACACCGACAUCCUCUCUUCUUCCACCUCCUCCUCCUCCUCCUCCUCCUCCUCCUCCUCCUCUAACAACCAAGCCCCCGACUUUGCCGCAGCGUUCGCCUCCCAACGCUUCUUCUUCUCCUCUCCCGGCCGAUCAAACUCCAUCAUCGAAUCACCCGACACCACCCCACCGGAGCCGCCCCUCGACGGCGGAGUUGCCGUCAAGAAGUACUCCCCGGAUCCCUACACUGAUUUCAGAUGCUCAAUGCAGGAGAUGAUCGAGGCUCAGAGGUUGAGGGAUGUGAAGACGGAUUUGGAAUUCUUGCACGAGUUGGUUCUUCGUUUGAUGAGUAUGAACUCCAAACAAACUCACAAGUUCAUCAUUACUGCCUUUGCUGAUAUCCUCAUUUCUCUUUUGUCAAAAUAAAACAUUUAAAAUUUUGAUUUAGUUUUUUUUUUUUUUUUUUUGGUGUUGCAUGGAAUUUACCUUAAAAUGGAAAACCAUAUCUAUGUAUUUGUAUAUGUUUUAUGCAUGAGGAUAACCAUAACCAGUCACAAAACC